CGUGCUGCUGUUAGUGAAGUUGGUUCCUUUUUGACGCUACAAGCUGCAAUGUGGCCAGGGGUCCUGUGAGUGGCGCUUAUGGACAAGGCGAAUUCAGCUCGUCAGCUCCACCCGCGAUCCAAAAACUACGAAUGAGAAACUAACUUCAGCAACAGUUCAAUGCUUCACGUCCGCUGCAGCGCGCGGGUCUGUUAUGUAGUCCGAGGUGUUAUAAUGACUUCUCCUUACUUCAUGGAGAACAGGUCUGUUAUGACUCGGAGUGCGAGUCAAACUGCUGGCCGCACACCUGCAGCCUCUCUCAGGACCAAACUCACCAACAGACGGAGGAACGAGGACCCGGUCUGCGCUGUGCCAGUGAAGGUGGAGGUGGAGGAGAAGAGCGUGUCAGAACUAAGAGCUUCGUCUACUCCUUUAUCAGCCGGUCGUGAACUCCUCCACGAGGCACCGGUGCAACCAAAAACCGAAGCUUUAACGGAGUAUCCACACAGCCGCAGGAGGAGACAGUUAAAGGUGGAAUACGAGAAGGAUGAACGUGUUUCUCCCAUGAAAACUGAGCGCUGGGAACCUGCCGACUGGAGGAAACAGUUAGGAUUCAUUCGUGAGAUGAGGAGCGGUCGUGAUGCGCCUGUAGAUAACAUGGGAGCAGAGAAAUGCUAUGACAUGGAGGCUCCUGCGCAUGUGAGACGUUUCCAGGUGCUGGUGUCACUCAUGCUGUCCAGUCAGACAAAGGACCAGGUGACAGCAGCAGCUAUGCAGAAGCUCAGAGCACACGGCUGCACUGUAGAAAACAUACUCGCUACAGAUGAUGAAAAACUGGGAAAACUCAUCUAUCCUGUCGGCUUCUGGAGGAAUAAGGUGAAGUAUCUGAAGCUGACAUCAGCCAUGUUACAAAAGGAGUUUGGAGGGGAUAUCCCAAGCAGUGUUGAGGGGCUGGUCCGUCUGCCGGGAGUUGGACCCAAAAUGGCUCACCUGGCUAUGGACAUCGCCUGGGACCAGGUGUCUGGCAUUGGUGUGGACACACAUGUGCAUCGUAUAUCUAAUAGGCUGGGCUGGCUCAGGAAGGCGACCAAAAACCCAGAGGAAACACGGAAGGCCCUUGAGGAGUGGUUACCCAGGGAGCUGUGGAGUGAGAUCAACUGGCUGCUUGUGGGUUUUGGACAGCAGGUUUGUCUGCCCGUCAACCCUCUCUGCUCUGUGUGUCUGAACCAGCACAGCUGUCCAUCUGCCCACAAGAACUCUCCAGCAAAGAGACCUAAAUCGGGAUCACCACGGUCUCCAAGUCCAACCUCCUCUUCAAAAAUAAAAACUGAACCUAAACAGGAAGCAGCUCUUAAAGAUGAGAUGAUAAAUAAGGAGUUACUACCCACAUCUGUUUCCCACACCACAAAGAGAAGGCUGAAAACCAAGGUUAAUGUUUAAAUUUUACCGAUGUUUGUGAUUUCAGCAGACAGUGAGCACAAGAAGACAUAUUAUGUGUUUACUUAUACAGAUAGAUUUAAAAACAUGUAUAUAAGAAUAUAUUUGACACUAUAACAGCACCUUUAAAGGGUAAAUAUUUUUAAUACUUUUCUUUUUUUUACCAAAUAAAAAACAUGUUACUAAUAUUUUGUGUAAAGUUUUGUCUAAGAAGAAGAAAAUAAAAU